UCUGUUUGCUGUGUCACAUGGUUAUUAUAGGACCAUAGAAAUCAGAUAAAAGUUAUCAUGAGGUGAAUCAGUCUGAUUUACCACCUUGUUGUUAGACUUCAUAUCUYCACYUGUCCCAGUUAWCACCAGGUCAUGGUUMAAGAGGACAGGAUAUAAAGGGGACAACUGAGACUCCAAAAUAACAMCAGAAAUAKCCACAAGAAGAGGACAUCAUCAUCCAGGAAUGAGAAUGAAGAGUGUUGUAUCUCUGCUGGUGUUGCUGCACUGCUGUCUGUCUGGAGCCCAGGUCCACAAAGACAGAGAUGGAGUCAGUGUGAAUGAGAUCCAGCAGGUUGACUAUGAGGACAGAGAGAGCAGAGGGAAUGACAUUCAGACUGACKAACAGAGAGCUGAAGCUGCAUUAACACACAGCCAGCAAASCUGCCAGCCUGACAUCCACACUGUGCUGAGAGAGAUGAGCACCAUGAUGGCAGAGCAGAGAGUUGAGCUGAGACACACAAAGACUGAACUGGGAGCCAUGGAGGCCCGACUGAGAGCCAGUGAGAGCCGACUGACAGACAGUGAGAGCCGACUGACAGCCAGUGAGAACUUACUGACAGCCAGUGAGAGUCGACUGACAGCCAGUGAGAGUCGACUGACAGCCAGUGAGAGCCAGGUGGAGGAACUGAUCAAAAUGAAUGAAGCACAAGCAGUGAAACUAAACUCCAUGGAGACUCGUUCUGACAUCACUGAGAGACACGUUGAAGUUCUGAAGAGAAACAGUCAAGACAGGAAGGUGGCUUUCUCAGCCUCACUAGCAGCACCUGGUCAACAAGGACACACUGGACCCUUCAACACUGGAAUCACCCUGGUCUACAGAAAUAUCUACUCAAACAUUGGCAAUGCUUAUAACCCCACUACAGGGAUCUUCACAGCACCAGUGAGAGGACUCUACCUCUUCAGGUUUUACGUCUAUGGAGGGGGUGAUAGUUCAGUUUCUAACACUGCAGUCUUGCAUAAGAAUGGACAUCCAAUAGCUAUUGCACACACUCACCAAGCUAGUGGUGGUAUUAAUUCCUCCAAUGGAGUGUCACUGCUGCUGGAGGUAGGAGAUGUGGUCUACAUGUAUCUCUGGUCUGGGAGAAAGAUUUAUGAUGAUGAACAUCGCCACAAUACCUUCAGUGGUCACCUGCUCUUCACCAUGUAGGAGGAUUAUUUUUGGACAGUAUUAGUAAUCUGUCCUUGAAAAUAUUCUGAACUUUUAACAACAUUGUCUUAGCGUUGAAAGUUCUCCAUUUGCUCCCUAACAGGUCAAACUAAGGUAGUUCUCAAGGAGAAAAGUAGGUGAAAUUUACAAGAGACUAAAAUACAUAUCGUAUCCAAGUUUUUCAAAAUUGAAAAAUAAUAACAAAUGAUAUACUCAUAAUGAAAAUAUUAAUGUCAUGUAAAUAUUAUACUGUCCACUAAGACUUCUUUAAUUCAUGUAUAGAUGUUGACCCCCCCUCACCCCCCACCCCCACUUCUUAUGUCCAUUU